AUGGGCAGUUGGAAUCACCAAGAGGACUUGGAUGAUACAAAUAUGGUUGUAGGGCAAAGCAGUGUAAAAGAACCUGACUCUUGGAAAUUAGAAAAGCUAUCUACAACAAACCCAAAUUUUUAUUCACUACUUGAAGAUUCAAACCUUGUUGUCUCAAACAAAAACACUUUAACCGAAUCUAAAAGUGUCGAUGACAAGGAAAUUAAACGAUUAGAAAAAAAAUUGGGAAUAAAAUCUGGAGGAAAAUUAACAAAAGCUUUUGAAGAAGAUGGAUUAGACGAGUUAUUGCAAGGGUUCGAAAUUGGUUCGAAAAAUUUGAAAAAAUCUAAAUUUAUAUCAGAGGAGAAUGAAGAAAUUGAUACUUCACAUUAUAACGACGAUGAUUUUGAUGAAUCGGAGCAUGAAAGUGAUGAUGAAAACUCCGAUAUGAUGGAAGAAGAGAGUGAUGUAGAAAUGGAACCUGAGAGUAAUAUUUACGAAAAACCUGAAGCGAAUGAAGCCAAAGGUAAAUAUAUUCCUCCACAUUUGCAACGUAAAACUUUCACAUCGGAAAGUGAUGAAGCAAAGAAAGAACAUCACAUACGGUUGCAACGACAAUUACAAGGCCUAUUAAACAGGUUGAGCGAGUCAAACAUUGAGAGCAUAAUCAUUAAUAUUGAGGAGUUGUAUCAAAGAUUUACCCGACACGCAGCAUUUUACAAGAUAAUUGGUAUCGAUUUUUGUGCUCAUUUUGUUCAAGAGAUGAUAGAAGAGUUCGAGAGAUACCAUAAACAAUACAGUAGCACAUCUGAUGAUGUAAAAAAUCUUGAAGGAGAAGGUGGAAAAGAAAUAUUUAUUACUGAUUUGAAUGAACUUAACGUCGAAUUACUAUUAAAAAUAGUCAGAAGUUCUGGAUACCAGCUUAGACAAGAUGAUCCAACUGCCUUGAAAGAAAUAAUUCAUCAGGUUCAAGCUGAAACCAGCAAAAAAAAUCCAAGAACGCUAGGAUCACGAUUGAAGUUUAUGAUUGAAACCAUUAUCAAUCUUAAAAAUAAUCGCUUCAAACAACAGGAUUUCAUAGCGAAUACAGAAAAUGUUCUUAGAAUUAAAAAAUUUCUUAACAAUCUGGGAAAGAGGAUUCAUGUUCAAGCGACAGAAACCUUGAGGGUUAGUCUUGAUGAUAUUAAAUCAAUUGAAACAAAAG